CUAUUGAAUUUUAGUUUCAAAAAGUUAUAUAACUUGAAUGACAGUUGAAACACUGUUCUAAAAUCACGUAUUGCAGCUCACUUCAGGUGGAGCUGGUGGAAGUGUAGUUUAUAUUUAACAUUCAGAAAUGUGUACCAAUGUGUACGUUGAACAUUGUUUACAUUAACAAGAACAUUUUAAUAAAAUUAAACUAAACAAUUUAUAGAUAAUCGAACAAUGUAAUUUAUAAGACAUGUGUUUUAAUGUAGAUGAAUUUAAUUCAAUUCAAUUCAUCUUAAGUGGUUUUCGUCUAGUGUACAUCACAUGCCUAUACAUAAAAUAAAAUUAAUGUUGGUUUUGCAUUUGAUAUAUUGAAAGAAACGUGCUCUCUAAUAAACGUAUAUUUAUAUGAAAAUUUCAAUGAGUUUAUGUCAUCGUUUGUUUAAUGUCGUAGUCAUUACAAAUUUUAAUUACAAGAUAAAUAAAAUGUGCAGCUUAUUUCGUCAUUUACAGCACACCACCAUAAAACCAAUAAACACAAAUUCUACGUUAAACAAUGAUUUAAGUGCAGCGAAUAGUAAACCUAUUAAUGCAGAGGACAAUGUAACGAAUUCCAAUAAUAGGACCAGUAUCAUAUCUAUUGGAAGUUCUGAUGAUUCAUUUCAUCGUGAUAACUUAAAAACACCUGUGAAAACAUCUAUUAAUAAUACUGAAGACGAACAUAAGAAUCCCAAAGAGGAAAAAAUAAUGUCAAGUCCAACGUUCAAACCAAAAUUUUUGACUAGAACCAUACGAAAACCAAAAAUCAGAUUUGUUUCUUCCUCAGAUAGUGACACUGAUAUUGUAAAACCUGCUUUGCGUGUAAACAAAAAAAAUAGAAUUCUUGAUGAUAGUGAACAUGAAUCUGAAGCACAUCGAGAUGAUGUGAUUUUAAAAACCGAACACAAUGCAUCACCUAAAAUAUCAUUAGUUUCAUCUCAAAACAAUGUAAAUAAAGGUAAAGUAGAAGAAAAGAAAAAAAUAGAAACAGAUAGCCCAAAAACACAAAAACAAAUAAUAAGGCGUGCAAGAAAAGAAAAUAUUGUGAUAUCAGAUUCUGACAGUAGUCCACAUUUUAAAAGUAGUUAUAGAAGAACUCCUCAAAAGCAAUGGGUAGGACCAGAUUUCAAAUUAGAUUUGAAGCCAUUAGACUUAGGUAAAAAUCUGGAUCCUUGGAUUGAAUCUGCCAAAGGAAGACCUAUAAUGUCAUCUAUACCUGACACAAAAGCUCAGUUAGAAGAUAGGUUUAAACAACUGAAAGAUUUUCAAAUAGAAAUUUUGGAAAAAGUUUACAUUGCAUUAGAACGUAUUCCUUUGCCUGUUUUAGAAAAGUUUCCAAAUUUUAAUGCACAAUCGUAUCAAGAUUUAAAAAUUCUACAUCAGCAUGUUAAAGCAAAAAUACGUUUGACUGAGAAGAAGUUAAUGCAUGUACAAACCAAUGAAAACAUAAAAUCUAGUAAUGAGCACAUAUAUGAAAGUAAAAAUAGUUUUGUACCACCCAUAACACCAAGAACUUCAAAUCAUCAAUCAAGAGUAAAUGCUUCAGACGUGUUUGCAGAAGAAGAAUACUUCAGUGACAGUUUUAAUUUGUCUACAGAUAAUUUGACUAAUUCAAAUUAUGUUCGUACUAUCCAAACGGAAAGUACAAUUUCUCCAAUGAAGAUAGAAUGUUUCUCACCUUUAGAGAAAAAAAAUGAAUCUCAAAUAAAAGAACAAAUACAUAAUAAUAGUGUAAAUUUCUCGCCUCUUCAAGGAAAGAAGGGAGCAUUCCAAUUAAAAAGACCUAUUAAAGCAACUGUGGUUACAAAUGUUUCUAAGCAGAUAGAAGAGAUAUGGGAAAAAGAAGAAAAAUGUAAAACUCUUAAUUCUGCAGCAAUAGCCACUGACGAACAUACAAGAACUACCAGUACACAUAAACCAGGAAAAGAAGAAACUAAAGAACAUGUACAAUGUAUGCAGGAAAAAAUAGUUAGCAAUAAGCAUACAAUAAUUACUGGUAUGUAUAAACCAGAACAAUGUAAAACUAAUGAAAACACACAGUUCAUACAAAAGAAGGAAGAAGAUAGUUCCCAAUUUAAUGCAAAAUCGACACAGGAAAAUAUUCAGGAUGAUUGGGGUGAUAUAUUUGAUGCACCUGAUAAUUCAUAUUCUGAAAACAUUGUGGACUGUUUAACUCAAGAAUUUGAACAAUUUCCUCCGCUAAAUAAAGAAAGUAAUAUAAAUACAAGUUGGAAUUUCUCAACUCAAGAUGACGACGUUAAUGAUAAUGGAUUAAAAAAUGAUAAAAAAAAUACAAAAUCCGCAAAGGUUCAAAUCGAAACGGGUAAUUUCACUGGAAAUUACAAAAACGAUGGCGUCAGUGGUGAAUUUGAUAGUGAAACUUAUCCACAUUCACGAGAAAUGUUAAAGGUAUUUAGACAAAAAUUUGGCUUAUAUUCAUUUAGGCCAAAUCAAUUGCAAGCAAUUAAUGCCGCACUUUUGGGAUUUGACUGUUUUGUUUUGAUGCCUACUGGAGGAGGGAAAUCUUUAUGUUAUCAAUUACCAGCGCUUUUGGUACCUGGCGUAACAAUUGUAGUUUCCCCAUUGAAAAGUCUUAUUUUCGAUCAAGUUCAAAAGCUCACAUCCCUUGAUAUUCCAGCAGCACAUAUGUGCGGUGGUCAAACAGACAGUCAGUCAGAUGGAAUAUAUAGAGAGCUUGCAAAAAAAGAACCAGCUCUAAAAUUAUUGUAUGUGACGCCAGAAAAGAUAUCUGCAUCGCAAAGACUUUGUGAUUGUUUACUUACAUUGUAUCAGAGAGGGUUGUUGGCAAGAUUCAUCAUUGAUGAAGCACACUGUGUGAGUCAAUGGGGUCACGAUUUUCGGCCUGACUACAAAAGAUUAAAAUGCCUCAGACAAAAUUAUCCCAAAGUACCAACAAUUGCCUUAACAGCAACAGCCACGCCAAGAGUUCGAACUGAUAUAUUAUAUCAGUUAGGUCUUAACAAACCAAAAUGGUUUAUGUCCAGUUUCAAUAGGCCUAAUUUAAGAUAUAGCAUAAUUUCGAAGAAGGGAAAAAAUUGUGCAGAAGAAGUAGUAGCUAUGAUCAAAACAAAGUAUAAAAAUGAAUGUGGAAUCGUGUAUUGCUUAUCCCGUAAAGAUUGUGACGAUUACGCAGUGCAACUAAAAAAGAAUGGUAUCCGAGCAUUAAGUUAUCAUGCUGGUCUUACAGAUAAUAAUAGAAGUGAUAUUCAAGGACGAUGGAUUUCGGAGGAAAUUCACGUAAUUUGUGCAACAAUUGCGUUUGGAAUGGGUAUUGACAAACCAAAUGUGCGUUUCGUAAUACAUGCAGCUCUUCCAAAAUCGAUCGAAGGUUACUAUCAAGAAAGUGGACGCGCUGGUCGUGAUGGAGACAAUGCUGACUGCAUUUUAUUUUACAAUUAUACUGAUAUGCACAGAAUAAGAAAAAUGCUUGAAUUGGAUAACUCCAAUCCUGAAAUACUUAAAACCCAUAUGGAUAAUUUAUUUAAAAUGGUAUCGUUUUGUGAAAAUAGAACAGAUUGUCGCAGGGCCCUGCAAUUAAAUUAUUUUGGAGAAAUAUUUGAUCGACAACAGUGUCUUGUUAAUAAAGCAACAUCGUGUGAUAAUUGCAGAAAUAAAGAUGAUUUCCGCAUGCUAGAUGCAACGGAUCAAGCAAAACAUAUUAUGAAAGGGGUGCGUGAAAUUAAUCAAAUGAGGAAUUGUAAUCUCACAAUGGUAUUCCUUACAGACAUAUUUAAAGGAAGUGAUCUCAAGAAAAUUCGGGAUUCAGGACUUACUAAGCAUCCUUUGUAUGGGUAUGGGAGGUCAUGGAAUAGAGGUGAUAUAGAACGUUUGUUGCAUAUUAUGGUGCUCAAAGAGUAUUUACAAGAGACCAUGUACAUCAGAAAUGAAAUUGCUUGUGCCUACGUUAAAAUUGGUGCCAAGGCAAGUGAGCUUAUGACAAAAAAGGAUAUAAAGAUCUUAAUUCCUAUGAGAUCGUCUAACAAUAACAGUGCUGCAGUAGCAACAGUGUCUACAGUCACGAAGAAAACUGAUAAAGUUCUGCAAGAAUUGAGAGACCGUUGUUAUAAAGAACUAAUGGAGAUAAUAAAAGGAAUUGCUGGAGCUCUCGAUAUUUCUGCAUCUUCGGUAAUGAAUAUGAUAGCGAUCAGGGCCAUGAGUCAGAAGCUACCAGAUAAUGAAGAAUCUAUGUUACAAAUACCGCAUGUGACUAAGGCAAACUUUGAAAAAUAUGGGAAAGCUUUAUUAGAUAUUACAAGAAAAUAUGCUGCAGAAUAUGUAUUAUUAAAUGAAGAAAUGGUAGAAAGUAGUGAUAACGAUGACAACGAUACGUGGAGUGCUGAUGUUUCUACGUAUUCAGGUAAAACGUACAGUACUGGUGGUACAAAACGCAAAGGCAAAGCCUAUUAUCGAAAUAACGCUAAAAAGUACAAACGAACAGCAUCUAGCACGCGUAAAGGAAAAACUACGGCAAAGGCAGCAACGAAAAAAGCGACGACAUCAAACAGUGGUCCAGGACUUGUAAAGUUUUCCCAAAAUCCAAAUAGGUUCAUACGACUUGGUUAAUAAUAUUGUUUAUGAUAUCUUCACAUUUAUAAGUGUGAAGAUAUUAGCCCAGUGUUCACAGACAUUGGCACUUUUGGCCACUUUAUUCAUCAAAUAAUGCAACAGUAUUAA